CAAGUGGCUCCUGUACCAGAGGCUGUGCCACGCCAGGCUGGGGCCGUGGGCUCCUGUAUAACUAGUAACUGUGCUAGAGGGUGGGGACAGAGCAGCAGCCAUGACCCCUACUCACACCUGUGCACUGUGAUAAAGAAAGUAGAAGUAGCCAGCAGCUGUGGUCCAACCAGAUAAAACUUUUAGGCGGGAAGUCAAGUGAAAAGUGAGUUUGUGUGUGUGUGUGUGUAAGCUGUUAAUUGCUUUUGAAAUUUUUUAAAAAGGCAGCUUGAGGAAGUCGGACCACAUAGCAGGAAGGUAUUGCAGCAAGAUGGAUUUGGGAAAGAACCAAUCUCGUUUGACACUGCAUCAGACACCUGAUUCUCACCAAGAAAACUACAUUCCAGAAGUGAUUGGAAGUUGGAGUUUGCGAAACAGAGAGCAGCUCAGGAAAAGAAAAGCUGAAGCACAAGAAAAGCAAACUUCACAAUGGCAAUUUGGAGAGAAAAAAUACAAGCGGCAGAGAACAGGAAAAGGAAACCAAAGGGGCAGAAAGAACAAACAAAAUACAGAACUGAAGGUGGAGCCUCAGUCACAAUUAGAAAAGGAAAUGAUGGAGAAUGCACUGACACCUACAGAGAAAGAAAACGAAUCACCUAGGAGUGUAACUGAAGCUCUCCCUUCAGUAGCCUCCCCACAGAGAAUUGAACCUGAGAAAACAUUUUCUGCAAUAGGUCAAGAAAGCAUUAUAUGUCAGGAAAAUUCUUCUCAGUACCAAGAAACAACAGUUCAAAACCACCCUUCUGAAAUAGGCCAAGAUAUGGCUGAACCUGAAGACCUCUCUCCUAAAAUGUGCCAAGAAAUCUCUGUAAUUCAAGGCCCUUCUUCCAGAAUGUGCCAUGAUAUGGCUGAACCUGAAGACCUCUCUCCUACCAUGUGCCAAGAAACGUCUGUAGUCAAAGCCCUUCCUUCUAAAACCCAUGAAGACAUAGCUGGCAUGGAAGGAUGCGCUCUUGAAGCAUACCCCAAACCAGAUGUGCCUAAAGGCUACACUCUUGAAACAUACCAAAAAAGAGCUGAACCCAAGGAAGACAGUACUGAACCAGGUCAAGGAAUAGCUGGGACUGAAAACUUUCCUCCUAAAAUACAACAAGAAAUAGCUGUGCCUAAAGACCUUUCUACAAAAGCAUACCAAGAAACAGCUGAACCUGAACACAUUUCUCAUAAAGCAUACGAAGGAAAUUCUGUGCCCAAAGCCCUCUCUUAUAAGACAACCCAAGAAACACCUGCUCAUGAGGAAUGUCCGUCUGAAAUACACAUUUACCAAAACACACCUGAGCCUGAAGAUUGUGCACCUGAAAUAUACCAAGAAAAACAAGGGCCUGAAGACCUCUCUACUAAGCCAUACGAAAAUAAGAAUGUGCCUACAGAAUGCUUUCCUGAGCCAGACCAAGAAGCAGAUGGGCCCCAAGGCCAGGAUCCUAAAGCACACCAGGAAGAUGCUAAGGCUGUUCAUACUUCUUCUCAAGAAAUGAAAGAAAAACCCAAAGCACAAGAACCAGAGACACCAGCAAUUCCAAACGUUCCUCAAGAGAUUCACCCAGAAAAUGACGUCUAUAGUUAUGUUUUGUUUUAACAAUGCUCAAUCAUAACAAUUGUGCAACAAAAUACACAUCUUAUUACAUGUGACUUUUCUCAAAAUAUUGUAGCAAUCUCUACAAUAUUCAUUCAUAUUUUAAUAGUGUGUUCUUUUUCCAUGUAUAGAUCAUAUCUGAAAGAGAGAACUAAUGUGUUUUCCAGGCUAUACUACAUAGACAACAACCUACAGUGUGUGUGUGCGCAUGUGUGUGUGUAUGUAUAUGUAUAUUGGGGUGAGGAUAGUGGUGGGGAAAGACGAAAAUGAGAAAGGGGAGGGCUGAAUAAUUAACUUUCCCCUAAUAUUUUUUAUUAUUUUUUAAUUUACACCUGUGGAUAUUUUUUCAUUGAUUUUCAGAGAGAGAGUGGAAGGGAGGAGGAGAGAUAGAGGGAGAAAAACAUCGAUGUAAGAG